GCUCCUCCUGCCGACAGAUUUGACGCUCAGAUCAACACAGCCAACAAACAUGAGGAGUGCCGGAGGGAAUAUUCUUCUUUUGUCGUUUGCUUUUCUUGCAACAGCCCAGGAUGAUGUGAAGUGUCCCACUCCGGCGGAGUUCCCCCACACCAGACUGCAGCAGAAGUACAGCUCCAGACCGUGGUUCCACAGCGGGGAAAAGGUUUACUACAACUGCCUGGAGGACUUCUCCCCAGCCAGGGGGAGCCGCUCCGUGCAGUGUGUCAACGGAACAUGGAGCAAACUCACUCUAAAAUGCGAAAAGAAAUCAUGUGGCAACGCUGGGGAUCUGCCCAAUGGCCAGUUCCAUUAUGAAGGGAACACAUAUAUUGGAGAAAAAGUCUACGCUGAAUGCAACAAAGGAUUCACUCUGAAGGGAAUGGACUACAUGAUAUGUAAGAAGUCUGGAUGGACCGGUGAAUUCCCGUCUUGUGAAGAGGGAGCGGCCACCUGCUCCACCCCGGUAGUGCAUGACGCUGUGCAGAGACGUGGAGAGGCUUCGGUGCACCAGGUGGGAGAGAGCAUGAACUUCACAUGUAGGCAGGGUUUCCAGCUGGAAGGAGCUCAGCAGAUCACCUGUGGUCCCGGGGGCCUCUGGCAGCCUCAAGCCCCUCGAUGUCGUCCCUCCCCUGAUAAAACUCAACACUCAUCAGGCAGAGGAGUGAGUAGAUGUGGCGCACCGCCAUCCGUCGGCAUCUCCAACGCACACCUGGCUGACAAGAACAUCGCCGUGACGUCGUUUGCCUCUGGUGAUAAAGUCUAUUAUGUGUGUAAUGUUGGGUACGUUCCAACGUGGGGCAGCAGGUCUCGCACGUGCGUGAAUGGAAAGUGGACAAAACUGAAGCUAAAAUGUGAACGGAAACUUUGUGGAAAUGCAGGAGAGAUUCAAAACGGACAGUUUGAGUAUACUGGAAUUGAGUUUGGAGACACUGCCACAGCCGUGUGUAAUGAUGGGUAUGUACUUGUGGGAAAGGCCACUAGGACCUGCAUGAAUAACGGUUGGGACGGACGGGUUCCUGAUUGUGAAGUUGUGACAUGUGUCGAGCCAGAGGUGACGAACGCCGAAAGGAAAGGCCUCCAGGAGCCACCGUACCUGUACAGGAGCGCGCUUCAGUUCGCAUGCCGCCAGGGAACGCUCGUGGGCCCGAGGGAGAUCUGGUGCACCAAGGACGGGACGUGGAGCGCCUCUCCGCCACAAUGCCAAGAAAUAACAUGUCCGUCACCAAAUGUGCGCAACGGCUUCUGGAUGGGAGCCCGGAACAACAAGUAUCAACCCAUGGACACGAUAUCGGUGGAGUGUAAACCGGGCUACAUCAUCGCGGGACCACGCUCCAUCAUCUGCAGCAGUGACGGCCGGUGGCUUCCUCAGCUUCCCCGGUGCCUCCUCUCGCGGCACAACUGGAGAGGCUAGUCUGCUGCCUGCAAUGUACAAGCACUAUUUAAUCCAACGUGGAUAACCCGUUCCACAACAACCAGGUGAAGAUGAGAGUCAUCUCUUAAGCUAUUAAUACAUUGUCUCCAAAAUUAACACAGUUAAAAACCACCUUUUUAAUAAUGGUACAUUAUGUAUUUAGCUCUUAAUACUUGUAUAUGGUAUUUAUACAGACAUUAAAAUGUGUUUAAAAUG